AUGAAUUUGAGAGAUUAGGCUUAAUUAUUAGAUGUUGACAAUUAAAUCGAAUUCAAUCAAAAAAAUUGUGGUAGCAUGUUUUUUUUUGGCUGGAUAUAUCGAUUAUUAGCAGUACAUAUCUAUUCUAAUUAAUCAACUCUAGAUUGGUAGGAAAAAGCCCCUCGUUCAAUCUGAUUUGACAAUCAUCGAUCAAGAUUGCAAUAUGGGGACAUCUUAUGAAAAAUUCUCAUCCAUUAAAAAAUAGUGCUUAUGGCAUCAAUUAUUUUUCUCUUUCAAAGGUAAUAACAUAUAUGUUUAGGGUUUAGGAUUGAUUUUAUUCUGCACCAUUCUAUAUUUAUUGAUUGCUCUUCUUUCCUCCUGUUAACCAUUCAUAACCAAACAUUCUAUAUAAUUCUUCUCUUAUGACUAGGGUCAAAAGCCAUCGGUAGCAAGUAUGCUACUAUUUGUUACAGUUUAACUUAUUUAUAAGUUGAUUCUUUCAUUACUCAAACCUUAUUAAUCCUUUUACAUUUGUUUACUGAGUAUUAAAUUACAAGGAGCUUUAUCAUAGGAAAUACUAUUAAAGACAUUAAAAUUUCCUAUAUAGAGAUCUAAACACUAUUCAACAGGCGAACUGAUUAAUAUGAUGUAGGUUGAUAUACAUUAAGCUUCAAAUUAUUUUUAUUAUGCUAUUAUAUUAUUUACAGUACCUUUACAACUUUUUAUUGCCUUUAUAGUUGUUUUUAUUACUUUAAAGGGUUAAGCAGUAAUUCCAGCAAUUGGUUCAGUAUUACAAGCAGUAAUUGGAAUACUAUUUGGAAUUUUUUAUGGAAUACUUCAAAAGAGAUAUAUGGUUGCAAAAGAUAGUAGAAUGAAAGCUGUUGAUGAAGCCUUAAAUUAUGCAAAAUAAAUAAAAUUGAAUACUUUAGAGGAAUUUUUUGAAUAAAGAGUAUUUAUAAUCAAAAUUAAUAGAUAAGAGAUUAUCGUGAAAGAGAAUUGCAACAAUUGAAAAAUGAAGUUAUGAUGAUGAUAUUUCUUCCCCUAAUUCAAAGUUUAGUAGCUAUCUUAACUUGGGAAGCAGUAUUUUUUUUAACUAAUCCUAUUGACUUCUCAAUAAUAAAUAUCAUGAUGUCAAAUUAUUCAAACAUAUCAAAUAUUUUAUCUAAUUUACCUUAUCAAUAUAAAAGCUUUUAAGUUUCAAGAAACUCAAUGGCUAGAUUAGAUAAUUAUUUUAAAUAAAAGGAAUGUAAUAUGAUAGAAAGAUAAAGUGAAAAUAAUAAUUUUGCAAUAAAAAUAAAUAAUGGUAUUUAUAGUUGGAAAUCUAAUGAUUAAAUGAAUUAAGAUGUUGUAGAAAUAAAAGAUGAAAAUGAAUAAAUAAAUGAUUAAGAUAUAUUUAAUAUAGAUAUUAAUGUAGAAAUUAAAAAAGGAGAAUAUGUGGCAUUUGUUGGAAAGUAUUUAAUUAAAUUGAUUUAUUUAUUAGUUCUGCAUCAGGAAAAUCUACUAUAUUAAGAUCUAUUUUAGGAGAAACUGAUAAGAAAUCAGGAAAUAUUAUAGUUAAUGGUACUAUUAGUGUAGCAACUUAAGAACCUUGGAUUAUUAGUGGAAGUAUUAAAAAGAAUAUUACAUUUAUGAAUUCAUUUGAUGCUCUUAAAUAUAAAUAAAUUAUUAAAAUAUGUGGAUUAGAAAGAGAUAUAUCUUCAUUUAAAAAUGGAGAUGAUACUAUUUUAGGAGAAAAAGGUGAUAAUUUAUCUGGAGGUUAAUAAAAAAGAAUUAAUCUUGCUAGAGCUAUCUAUAAUGAUGCAGAUAUCUAUUUAUUAGAUGAUCCUACUAGUGCUUUAGAUAUUAAAGUUAAAUAUUAAAUACAUUAAUAAUGUUUAUCUGGAUAUCUAAAAAAUAAGACAAGAAUACUAUUCACCAAUUCUAUAUCUAAUUUAUAAGAUUGUGAUAGAAUUUAUUUUAUUGAGAAUGGAAGAAUAAUUAAAGAAAGCAAAAUUCCUUAAACCAUAAUUUCAAACGGAGAUCAAAAAUCUUCUAAACAAGAAAUAAUUGAAACACAAAUUGAAUCAAAAUAAGUAAAACCUGAAUUUAUUGAUAAUCAAGAGGCAAGAUAGAGUUUAUUAUAAAAGGAAGAUUAAGAAUAAGGAGAUAUUUCUUUAAAAGUUUAUAAAUAGGUUUUCGUUUAUAUCGGCUAAUAUUUUGCACCAUUAUGUACUCUGGUGUAUUUUGUAAUAGUUUUAGGAUUUUAACUUUAUGGUAAUGAUAAGUUGGCCCAACAAAAUGUUUCUAAUGAAGAGUAUAAAUAAAUUGCUAAAAUUUAUUAUCCAAUAACUUAAUUGCCGGUAAGUCUAGCAGUUGUAUUAAUUAAUGCUUAUUACUUGUUGAUGGGUUUAUCUACCUCAAGAAAAAUUCAUAGCUCCAUAAUAAAUAGAUUACUUAAUGCUUCUUAUACUAAAUUUUAUAACACUAUACUUAUUGGAAGGUUAAUGAAUCGAUUAAGUAAAGAUAUUUACAACAUAGACUUAGAGUUUCCUAAUGAAGUCUAAAAUUUUAGUAUAUAAAUAUUUAAUCUGAUAAUUCCAUUAGUAGAAUGUUUUAUAUAUUUAAAUAUUGCUGCUUUACCAUUGCUGAUUAUCUUUUUUAUUGGCUUAAUUUAUCUCACAAUAAUCUAUUAUAGAUGUUUAAGAGAAAUAACUAGAAUCGAAGCGGUCUCAAAAAGUCCGAUAUUUUCAUUCUUCUAGUAAAUUGUUAGAGGUAUAACAUAUGCAAGAACUUGCUUGCCAUUAGAAAAAAUAGUUAUUCAAUAGUAAAUAAAUGUAGAUACAGAUUUGGGAAAUUAAAUUAAUUUAGAUGGGAUUCAAUAUUGGUAUUAAUCUUUGGCAGGAUCAUCNUUUAUCUGGAUAUCUAAAAAAUAAGACAAGAAUACUAUUCACCAAUUCUAUAUCUAAUUUAUAAGAUUGUGAUAGAAUUUAUUUUAUUGAGAAUGGAAGAAUAAUUAAAGAAAGCAAAAUUCCUUAAACCAUAAUUUCAAACGGAGAUCAAAAAUCUUCUAAACAAGAAAUAAUUGAAACACAAAUUGAAUCAAAAUAAGUAAAACCUGAAUUUAUUGAUAAUCAAGAGGCAAGAUAGAGUUUAUUAUAAAAGGAAGAUUAAGAAUAAGGAGAUAUUUCUUUAAAAGUUUAUAAAUAGGUUUUCGUUUAUAUCGGCUAAUAUUUUGCACCAUUAUGUACUCUGGUGUAUUUUGUAAUAGUUUUAGGAUUUUAACUUUAUGGUAAUGAUAAGUUGGCCCAACAAAAUGUUUCUAAUGAAGAGUAUAAAUAAAUUGCUAAAAUUUAUUAUCCAAUAACUUAAUUGCCGGUAAGUCUAGCAGUUGUAUUAAUUAAUGCUUAUUACUUGUUGAUGGGUUUAUCUACCUCAAGAAAAAUUCAUAGCUCCAUAAUAAAUAGAUUACUUAAUGCUUCUUAUACUAAAUUUUAUAACACUAUACUUAUUGGAAGGUUAAUGAAUCGAUUAAGUAAAGAUAUUUACAACAUAGACUUAGAGUUUCCUAAUGAAGUCUAAAAUUUUAGUAUAUAAAUAUUUAAUCUGAUAAUUCCAUUAGUAGAAUGUUUUAUAUAUUUAAAUAUUGCUGCUUUACCAUUGCUGAUUAUCUUUUUUAUUGGCUUAAUUUAUCUCACAAUAAUCUAUUAUAGAUGUUUAAGAGAAAUAACUAGAAUCGAAGCGGUCUCAAAAAGUCCGAUAUUUUCAUUCUUCUAGUAAAUUGUUAGAGGUAUAACAUAUGCAAGAACUUGCUUGCCAUUAGAAAAAAUAGUUAUUCAAUAGUAAAUAAAUGUAGAUACAGAUUUGGGAAAUUAAAUUAAUUUAGAUGGGAUUCAAUAUUGGUAUUAAUCUUUGGCAGGAUCAUCUACAAAUGUAUUUUAAGCUCUUUUAUUUAUAAUAUGUGUACACUAUUUAUUUUAAGUUAGUUUUUUUUUCCUGGAAAAAAUAGUGAUAAAACCUUUCUGGUAUUAAACAAAAUGCAAGAGAUUUCACUUUUGGUACUGAAUGCAUCAAUUUCUUACGGCAAUAUAUAAAUGUAUCUAAUCAGCUUUGAGAGAUGCCUACACUUAGCUAAGUAAUUAUUAUUUUAAAAUAAGUAAUGUCGAUUUGGAUGAAAGAUUCAUUCCUCAAAUAUCAAUAAAUGAAGAGGCUUUAGAAAAUAAAGUCACUUAAAACACAGUAUUAAACUUAGAAAAUUGUACAUUUCAAUAUCGACCUUUUUCAAAAAGUGUUCUCCAAAAAUUGUCAUUUAAAUUAAAUAAAAAAGAAAAGGUAUCAUCGUUUUUAUGGUUUAGAUUGGAGUAGUUGGAAAAACAGGUUCUGGCAAAAGCUCCAUAAUUUUAGCUUUGACUGCUAUUUUAGAGCAGAUAGAAGGUUCUAUUGAAAUAGAAAAUAAAAAAAUUGAUCAAUAUUCUAUAAAAGAAUAAAGAUAAAAAUUUGGUAUAAUACCUUAAGAUCCACUUAUUUUUAUGGGAAGUUUAAGAUAAAAUUUAGAUCCUUUAAAUAAAUUUGAAGAAUGUUAUAUUUAAGAAAUAGUAAAAUAAUGUGGAUUAUUAGAAAUGUAGAGUUUUAAAUAAUAAGGAUUAGAAAGUGAAAUUGCAUUAUAAGGUAGUAAUUUAUCUUUAGGUGAAAAAUAAUUAUUAAAUAUUGUUAGAUGUAUAUUAGAAAAUAAAAGUAUUGUUUUAGUAGAUGAAGCUACAUCUAAUAUAGAUUCUAAAACUGAAGAACAUGUUAAAAAUGUAAUUAUUAUUUAUUAUUUUUAUUAGUUAUUUAAUAAAUAUUUUUAAAAUGUUUCUAUGAUAUCUAUUGCACAUAAAGUAACUACUAUUAUGAAUUCUGAUAGAAUUAUUGUUUUAAAUGAUGGAUAAAUUACUGAAUUUGAUCAUCCUUCCAAAUUAUUAUCUAAUCCAAAUAGUGAAUUUAAAUAAAUUAUAGAUCUAAUUAAGCACUCUGAUAAUUUGUGA